AGUCCCACGCCAACGCGGCAGCAGCCGCCCACAAGAGUAGAGACGGCCACCCGUAAGCCAUCAUUUCAUCUCCUGACUCCCACAGGGCCUGCACUUCUGAGCUGCUGCGUUGAGCCUCCAUGGCCGCGGCCUCAUCCUUCUCUCUCCACCAUUGGAGUCGGGCAGUCCCGCUGAGUUGGACUCGCCUUCGUAGAGUCGGGAACCGGAACCGACUCAUCCGCUUCUGUACUGUAAGGGCUGGAGGCGAUGUUCUGAAAGAAGAUAUCGUCGUAGUAGGUGCCGGUAUCGCCGGCCUGGCCACGUCUCUUUCCCUCCACAGGCUGGGAGUGAAGUCGCUGGUGCUGGAGCAGGCCGACUCGCUUCGGACGGGCGGGACCUCACUCACCCUGUUCAAAAACGGUUGGCGGGUCCUUGAUGAGAUGGGGGUCGGGGAUGAUCUUCGGCCCCAUUUUGUCGAAAUUCAAGGCCGUGCAGGAUGAUGGUGAAGUCCGAUGAUGGAAGGGAGCUCCGGUCUUUUAGGUUCAAAGAUGAGGACAAGAGUCAAGAGGUGCGUCCGGUGGAGAGGAGAGUGCUCUUGGAGACUUUCGCUAGUCAUCUCCCACCCGAGACAAUCCGUUUCUCUUCGAAGCUCACCGGUAUUAAGAAGAGCAGUGAUGGAGAAACGGUAUUGGAACUUGCAGAUGGGACUCAAGUCUCAGCAAAGAUUGUGAUAGGUUGUGAUGGAAUUCGAUCUCCGGUAGCUAAAUGGAUGGGCUUCUCUGAUCCCAAUUUUGUUGGGCAUUGCGCUAUUCGAGGGCUCGCAUAUUAUCCUGAUGGUCAUCCAUUGGAACCGAAUGUAACCUAUGUGUAUGGGAAGGGGUUGCGGGCGGGAUAUGUUCCUGUUUCUUCUACAAAAGUCUACUGGUUCCUGUGCUUCAACAGCCCUUCCCCAGGUCCGCGAAUCACUAACCCUUCGAUCCUGAAGGAGCAGUCAAGACAAAUAAUAUGGAACUGGCCCUUGGAUAUACAGGAUAUCAUCUAUCACACCGCAGAUGACACGAUAAUCCAAACACCACUUAUGGACCGGUGGCUAUGGCCAGCCCUCAGCCCCUCGGCCUCUUCUGGCUCGGUGGUUGUGGUUGGCGAUGCCUGGCACCCAAUGACACCGAACCUUGGACAAGGCGCCUGCUGUGCACUUGAGGAUUCCAUUGUCCUAGCCCAAAAGCUGGCAAGCGCAGUCAACAAUCCUCGGGCUAUGUCCCUUGAAGACGCUCUCAAAUCAUACGAGAGGGAGAGGUGGUCCCGCAUCUUCCCACUUACAAUAAGAGCGAAUCUGGUUGGAGCUGUGCUGCAGUUGGAGAACCCAAUAGUGUGCUCGGUCCGGGAUAACGUGCUGUUGAAGUUGGUUCGACUGAGAUCGAUGCUGGAGCACACAAACUUCGAGUUCGAGCCCCUCCAGAAUUCCGGGUAGAAGCCAAAAAACCCUUUGGGCCGUGUUGCCUAGGAAUUUGGCUUUCCUUGUAAGUCAAGCCAAAAUUAAAUUGAAACUUCGCUUGUUUACUUUAUUGGUGUUGAGUGCAGAAUACUAUAGAACAACUCUUUAUUAUGUUGUGCAAGUACAAGGUAAAUACACAUGAUAUUCGUCUACCAAAGGCAAA